AUGAAAGGAAGUCUUGAGUAUGAAAUACAAUCUCUUACUCAAGAAAAUGAAGAAUUGAGGAAGCAAUUAAAGAAUUUGCAAACUCAAUUCGAGAAAGCUGUAAGUGUUUCUUCUGAAUUAGAAGAAACUUAUCGGAAAAAUGCAGAAUUAUCAAGAGCUUUACAAGAAUCUGAAGCGAGAUGUGCUGAUUACUCCAAGAGACUCGAAAUUUCAAUGAAAAAUUGUGAAGAGUUAGAGAAAAGAAUAAAUCAAGAACCAAGAAAGUCGCCAAUUAAGCCAAAAGUAGAAAUUAACAAAUCUGAAAUAAUACAAUUAAAUUCUAGAAUACAAGGAUAUGAAAAACAACAAAUUGAAUAUCAAGAAAAAAUUUCGGCAGAGAAAAAGAGAAAUCAAGAUUUACAAAACCAACUAAAUCAAAUUUUUAAUACUGCUUCUUCGUAUUUUAACUCACCAAUUAACGAUUCAAAUUCGUUAUUAUUAAAUUUAAUCAAAAUACCAGAGAGUAAGCAAAAUGACCAAGAAGAAUACGUUUUGGCAAUCAAAAAAUUACAAUCAAAAGUGAAGAAAUGGAAAGCAAAAUAUAAAGAGCAACAUGAGAGAUAUCUUGAGCUUCAAAGUAAUAGACCAGUGGCUCAAACAACUCAAGAGUUCAUAAAUCUUAAUACUCAGAUAUCAGAACUGAAAAUGACCAUUAAUUCUCAGAAUGAAAAAUUAAAAGUCCUAAAUGAGGAAAAUAGUUCAAUCAAAACGCAAAAUGCUCAAUUAUCUGCAAGAAUAAGGAUCUCUGAAAUGAGUAAGACAGAAAAUAAAGAAACUGAUGAAAUAAAUUAUCUGAACCAAAUAAAUCAACUUAAAUCUGAGCUUAAUACUACUAAAACAUCUUAUGAUAAGUCUAAAUCUAAACAAAGUGAACUUAAUUCUCAAUUCAAGAAAGCUUCUCAUUGUAUCAAUGAGCAAAAGUUAGCUAUUCAAGCGAAAGAUAAUGAAAUUGAAACAUUAAAUUCUAGAAUAAAUCAAUUCCAAAGUGAUAAUAAAGAACUUGCAGCACAAAUUAAAAUUAUAGACAAAAAGCUUAAAAAGAGUGCAAAGCAAGUUAUGGAAUAUAAAGGAGAAUUGUCAGAAGUUAAAAAGAUUGUUCAGACAAGAGAUAAUGAAAUUCAAUCAUUAAAUGAUGAAAUUAACAAAUUAAAAUUUGAAUAUAAAGGAGUUAUUGGAGAUAAAGAUAGAAUUACAGAAGAACUUAAUAAGAAUAAGAUUGAUCUUUAUGCUUUGCAAUCAAAACUUAAAAGUUAUCAAGAAAAUCUUAAUCAAUCUAAACAAAGCGAAAAAACAGAAGUCAAAGUUGUAGAAAAACAAAACCAUGUUCAAAUAGAGGCAAUUCCUUUGAAUAUUUGGUCAUCACUUGAUUUUCCAAGAGAAAUAAGUGAUUCUUUAAACACUAUAGUAAGGAAUCAAAUAUUAGAAUCGUCUUCAAAAGUCAAAUCUAUUUUUGACAUUUUAACCAAAUAUUAUCAAGAAAAGCUCAUCAAAUAUGAAAAAUCGUCAGAACAAAACGCUCUUGAAAUAUCAGAUUUGAAGAAAAACGUAAACAACUUUGCUCAAUACUUAGAAAGAAGAUUUCCAGACCUUAAAAUCGAUUUUGCUGCAUUAAUGACAAGUGACAAUGCGAGAGAAACAUUUUCAGAGUACAUAAUAAGUCUCUUUUCAAGUUUACAGAAUUUAUCAGAUCAUUGUCAAGAAAUUGAUGCGCAGAUAGUAGAUCUUUAUAUUGCUCUGGAUGCAGAUACAUAUAAUGAUGCUAUUUCAAAUGCUCAAAAGCUGAGAGAAGUUGCUUUCGCAUCAAAGAAUAGAAUUCGUGAUUUGAAGAGAGAUCUUUCUCAGAUUAAAUCAUUCUUCAAAGAAAAAACUGAAGAAUAUGAUAAUAUUACAAAUAAUCUCGAAAAAGACCUCAAUAAUAUUAAGUCAGAAUUAGAUAAGAAAGAAAUCGAAGUUCAAAACCUAAAUGAAACCAAUAGAUCAUUAAAAGAAAAUAAUGAGAAAGAAAUUAAUCAAAAAGCUUUGAUAAUUAAUGAUCUGCAAGCAAAACUAUCAGAACAUGAAUCUGCGAAAAGUCAGCUCUUAAUUCAAAAUACUUCAAUGAAUGAAAUGAUUAAAACACUUCAAGACAAAUUCAAAGUAUUAACUGAGAACUAUAAGAGAUUAUCAGCUGCUAAAGAUGAAAUGGAAGCUCAAUUAAAUCAAGAUCUCAAAGAAAAGGAAGAACAUUUUGAAGAGCAAAAUCAGAUGUUGUUAAAGCAAAUUAAGGAUCUUACAAAUGAGUCUAGUGAUGCAAUUAAAAGACUCAGAGCCGAUCUGGAAACAUCUGAAACAGAAAAAGAUAAAGCUGUACAGGAAAAUAUUACAUCAAACUUGAAAAUUAAACAACUAGAAUCUCAUAUCAAUGCAAUGCAAAAUGAUAUGCAGAGAAAUAUGAAAACUUUAGAAAUUCAAAAUUCAAUGAAAUUGAAAUCGAUGCAGAAUGAAUUACUGACCAAGAUCAAUGAACUUGAAUCUUCAAAGCAAAGUAUUAUAAAUUCUAUCACUAACAAUCUUGCUCCAUUGUUAGCAACUGGAGAAAGACUUGAUGAAAACGCCUUAGAUCAAACUCUUCAAGGAAUCAAUAUGCGCUUUAAUCAUCUAAUGAUUAGAGAUAAAAGAAUUAGAGAACUUCUCAAUAUCGGACCAAUGGACUCAAUUGAAGAUGAAAUGAUUAGAUUAUUUAAGAAGCAAUGA